AAAAGAAAAACAUUGAGAGAGAACUGGGUGCCUGGUGACGGGAGCGCGCCGCGAGGGAUGAAGGCGGACGCCACCGCAGCGCUUCCCCGGUGUUGUUUCUUCUUCAAGCGAACCCGGGAAGACUCGCAGCCAGCUGACUCGCACCGGAGCGAUGAAGGGAGAGGCGGAAGUAGAGUCACUUGACGGAGCGUCCGUGUUGUUAUUGUUAUCUCGGUAGCACCCCCCCCCCCCCCCCCCGUGAUGAGACGGGCUCGGGGAGCCGUUGGUCUCCCGAGGCAACGCCACCGUUGACGGUUACCGCAGGCCGCCGCGGACCGACACCACCACCACCCCGCCCCGCCCCGCCCUCACUGACCCGGAGGGACGGGAGCCCCGCUUGACAGCGGGUGGGUGGGGAGGGGAGCCAGGGAGGAGAAGGAGGAGGAGGAGGAGGAGAAGGCGGGUGUGAGGACCCAGCUCGGGGACUCGGCUCUUACACUCCCGGCCGAGACCAAAUAAUAAUUAAAAAAAACAAUAACGGCGUUCGUCCAACGGGCUCGACGGGUGUCCGUGCGGCGUGUGGAGCAGGGACGUGCCGCCGCAGACAUGAACGGUAUCACCAAGGGCCGGUUCGAGGUGUUCUCAAACAGCGAUGAAGCUCCAAUUAACAAGAAGCUUCCCAAAGAGCUUCUACUGAGAAUAUUCUCCUACCUAGACGUGGUAACACUCUGUAGGUGUGCCCAAGUUUCCAAGGCGUGGAAUGUCCUGGCGCUGGACGGCAGUAACUGGCAGAAGAUUGACUUAUUCAACUUCCAGAAAGACAUAGAGGGACGCGUGGUGGAGAACAUCUCAAAGCGUUGCGGAGGGUUCCUGAGGCAGUUGAGCCUCAGAGGCUGCCUGAGCGUGGGUGAUGCCUCCAUGAAGACAUUUGCCCAGAACUGCCGAAACAUUGAAAUGUUGAACCUGAACGGCUGCACCAAGAUCACAGACAGCACCUGUCUCAGCCUCAGCAAGUUCUGCUACAAACUCAAACAGCUCGAUCUCACUUCCUGCGUGUCCAUCAGCAACCAUUCCCUCAAGGCUCUCAGUGAUGGCUGCAGAAUGCUGGAGAUGUUGAACUUGUCAUGGUGUGACCAGAUCACACGUGACGGCAUUGAGGCUCUGGCUCGAGGUUGCAAUGGUUUACGGGCUCUCUUCCUCAGAGGUUGCACGCAGCUGGAAGAUGGAGCAUUGAAACACCUUCAGAAACACUGCCCAGAACUCACCACCAUCAAUAUGCAGUCUUGCACGCAGAUAACUGACGAAGGCCUGGUCAGUCUGUGCCGAGGAUGCCACAAGCUACAGAUCCUUUGUGUGUCUGGGUGCAGUAACAUCUCUGAUGCCUCCCUCACUGCGAUGGGACUCAACUGUCCCAGACUGAAGAUCCUUGAAGCUGCACGUUGCUCCCAUGUUACAGAUGCCGGCUUCACUGUGCUGGCCAGGAAUUGUCAUGAGCUCGAAAAAAUGGACUUAGAAGAAUGUAUUUUGGUGACGGACAACACCCUGGUUCAGCUGGCCAUCCACUGCCCUCGCCUGCAAGCACUGUCUCUGUCCCACUGCGAGCUGAUCACAGAUGAUGGCAUCAGAGCUCUGAGCAGCAGUACCUGUGGCCAGGAGCGCCUCACCGUGGUGGAGCUGGACAACUGCCCCCUCAUCACUGACGUGACCCUGGAGCACCUGAAGAGCUGCCAUCGUCUGGAGCGCAUCGAGCUGUACGACUGCCAGCAAGUCACCAGGGCCGGCAUCAAACGCAUCCGGGCCCACCUCCCAGAGAUCAAAGUCCACGCCUACUUUGCCCCAGUGACACCCCCUCCCUCUGUACAUGGAGGUGGCCAGCGUCUGUGCCGCUGCUGCAUCAUCCUCUGACAGUGGAGGGCCAGGGGUGGGCACCUCUGUCUACAGGUCCUGCUGCUCUGAUAUGGGCUGAUGGGAUUGGAGGAGGGAGGGGGAGGGACUGGGGUAGGUGUAGGGGUGAGGAGGGGCUGGACCCACUCACUGCUCCUGAUCACUGAUCAAUACAUAGACUGAUCACCCCUGAUCAGUUGAACCCGCUUCUCCUCUCUCCUCUUGCUCACCAAUAAGGAUUGCUGCUUUGGGGUUGGCCGUGGAGGAGCGGGUGGAAACAACAUGGAUGCACUCUCUCUCUCUCUCUCUUUUACUGUAAAGACAAAGUUCUCCACUGCACCCUGCUCCUCCCACCCCUGACCCCCUCCAUCUCUGGGAGAAGACGACCGCCUCUGGACAGCUGAGGAGUAAGGGGGUCUGAACACUGGAACUACACUGCAUCAUUUUCAAAAAACAAAAAAAAGACUGUUGUUAUCUUGGACAAUAGUCUUCUCUCUGUGAAGUAUCAUCUCAACCAAUCACAUGACACGUCUAUGCUACAAUCCUGUGAUUCAUUCUGCUUUGAAUAAAAGACACGCAGCACGGAGGUAGAGGACAGUUGGCCUGUUGGAAAUGGCGAUUUUCAGUGAAGCUUUUGAUGAGCCACCUCAACUCUAGUGUGGAAGAGAAAAGAAAACGCAAAGUACAGAAAGGGACAUGUGACAUAUUUGUGCAUCUGAUCAAAUUUGGUCGAGAUUUAAAUUUUGUUUGUACAGAGAAUGUUUUGCAAUGUUAAAAAAAGACUAAGACUUCUGGCAAUUCCCUCAAAAUUUUGGGGGAAAUAUUUGUUUUUCUUUUUUUCAGUGCUUAUCGUAAUUGUACAUGCCUGUCGAUGCAGAGAGGAAGAUUUGUUUGUCAUUGUUUUUAAAGUGGAGAAGAAGCAAGUGUUGUAAAAUAAGGACUUAUGAUUCUGACCCUCAGCGUGUUAGAUUGACUGUAUGCUGCUGGGAUGAGGUGCCUCUCCUGUGCUCUACGUGUUAAUGUUGGCCCUGAACCAAUCCUGUCAGGAGCCUUGUGCACUAGCUCCUAUUUGACCACUUAAGCAUUUGUUUACAGCCAGGAUUAGGGUUAGCACUGCAGACAAACUUGUUUACAUCAGUAGGUUUCCAGUCUCCCUACUAGUCAGAGUGAGUUUAGUAACACUGAUACAACUGUGGUGUCCCCACUGUUUUAUGUGGACUGUGAUUAUUCAAAUUAACUGCUGUGUGUGUUUGGAUAUCAAUCAGGGAUAAUGUUGGUGCAAACUUUCUUUGAAAUUAAAUGGGAAUUUGCUUAAAGCUGAGAUAAUUGUUUUGAGAAUGAUAGCAAAGGCACCUCAACUUUUUUGACAAUCAAAUGUAUCUAUUUGAUGAAGUUAAUUCAGUGAAGUGUUUGUGCAAUUGGCAAUUUACUGAUGAUGUAGGAUAUAAAGAAUUGUCUGUAUUUAAUAAUCCAUUAUAUUAAUAAAGCAGCACAUGAGAAUAAACAUUAAAUUGUUUAGAAAUAGCAUUUGAUAUGGCAAGCCAGUCUAAUAUAUUAUCAAUGGAUAAGUUCAAAAUUCCCACUCCUCCAAUUGUACAAAACGUGUGACAAAAGGAAAUCUGUGACUUGAGAAGGCCCAACACCUCUGGUCUAUUUCCCUCUAUACUCACAGUCCCUCUGAUCAACAGGAUCUCGACAUCAUCUAUCUUGCCUUGCAGAGUAACACAUGUAUAGGGCAUGACUUACUACUGGAAGCACUGAAAAUUCAAAGAACUGAAGCUGCUCCGACUUUGCGCUUAACAAAGAGACUGGCAAGUGCUGUGUAGUGCUGAGUGCAAAAAAACUGUGGAGAUUGGCAGGAGAAAUGACGGGACUGAAACAAUGAGAGCAGACAGGGAGAUGAGGAAAGACUGAUGGAUAAGUAGCAGGCUGAGUUACUAAUGUCCUAUCUUCGACGGCUGUUAUAACAGUUGUAUGUAUAAGAAAAUAAAAGAUAUUGAGAGAGAAAAAAUAAAUGAAUAAAUAAAGUGACUAAUAGUAAAUGU